UUUGACUCGAUGUUGAUAACGCAUCGCAUGUGUUUGUGACUUAUGCCGCGAAAAGAUCGUGAAAUGAAAUCCAGUCUUUCGCGAUGAUCGAAAAAUAUUGCUCUUUAGAUCAAAUGAACUGACGUUUGGCCCUCGCCAUAGUUCACAGUGUGCAGUGUGUCAUGAUGCAGGCUGUACAGAUGAUGAACAUGAUGAGAGGGCCUCCACCGGGCCCUCGAGGACCCCCACCCCGGGGUCCCAUGGUGGCAGGCCCACGUGGCUCCCCGGGACAGAUGGGACAAGGGCCACGGUCCUACUACAAUCCCAGAAUGCCUCUCCAGCAACAGAACAGGGCGCCAGGAAAUUACGGUUAUCGUCAAAGAAUGGAAGCCAGCCAAAACCUGAUGUUUGAUGGCAAGAGAAUGCGAAAAGCUGUCCACAGGAAAACUGUAGAUUAUAACUCAUCUGUGAUAAAAUACUUAGAGAAUCGUGUAUGGCAAAGAGAUUUUCGAGACGCAAGACAAAUCCAGCCAGACCGACUUUAUACAUUAGAGCUCGUUCCGCCGUCAUGUAUGUUAAGUAACCCGAUGAAUGCUGUGACAACUAAAUUUGUCAGAACUUCAACAAAUAAAUUCCGGUGUCCAAUCUUUGUGCUCACGUGGACACCGGAAGGACGUAGAUUAGUCACAGGGGCUUCUAGUGGUGAAUUCACUCUCUGGAAUGGUCUCACCUUUAACUUUGAAACAAUCUUACAGGCCCAUGACACUUCAGUGCGAGCAAUGCAGUGGAGCCACAAUGACAUGUGGAUGGUGACAGCAGAUCACGCAGGCUUUAUAAAGUACUGGCAGACUAACAUGAAUAACGUGAAGAUGUACCAGGGCCACAAGGAAGCAGUUCGCGGGAUAAGUUUUUGCCCCACGGACAGUAAAUUUUCCACGUGCUCGGAUGAUGGUACUGUAAGAGUGUGGGAUUUCAUGCGAUGUCACGAAGAAAGAAUUUUAAGAGGUCAUGGAUCUGAUGUGAAAUGUGUGGACUGGCAUCCUCUUAAGGGCAUCAUUGCCUCAGGCAGCAAGGACAGCCAGCAGCCGGUGAAGCUUUGGGACCCUAAAUCGGGCAACAGCCUUGCCACCAUCCACGGCCAUAAAAGUACAGUAAUGUCGCUGAAGUGGAAUCGUAAUGGUAACUGGCUGCUGACAGCCUCUCGUGACCACCUUCUGAAGCUAUUUGACAUCCGAAACAUGAAGGAGGAGAUGCAGACAUUCAAAGGUCACAAAAAAGAGGCGACCGCUGCGGCCUGGCACCCAAUCCACGAGAGUCUGUUUGCCAGCGGAGGUUCUGAUGGAGCCAUCAUGUUCUGGCUGGUUGGGACUGACAAAGAGGUGGGCGGUAUGGAGGAGGCUCAUGAGGGGAUGGUCUGGACACUGGCCUGGCACCCUCUCGGCCAUAUCCUCGCCUCUGGCUCUAAUGACCAUUCCACUAAAUUCUGGACCCGAAAUCGCCCUGGGGAUAUGAUGAGGGAUAAGUACAACCUGAAUACAUUGCCUGCAGGGACAGAACAGGAACUGCUGGAAUAUGAUCUGGAGCCUCAAAAUGUACCAGCUAUUCCAGGUAUGGGACUGGAGCAUGGCUUACCGGAACACUUGAAGCCAAAAGAGGAAGCUGAGGAUAAUCUACCGUCAAUUCCUGGGCUAAACUGGAGUGAGGAUGAAACUUUCUACAAACAACAGGAGCUGGCAAACAUGCCCAAAAAGAAGAUUCCUUUCUCUCGUCCUGUACCAAGGUCGUUUGAAAUGGCCUGGAAGGAAAACCGGCUCCCACCCAAAAUGGCGAAUCCUCCACCCAAAGAGGACCAUCGGCCUGGGCGAAACCAACCACCUCCACCACACCCCAAUCAUGGCAACCCCAAUAACCAUGGUAAUCCUCAAAACAGGGGUGCUCCUCCCCAUGGGUUAGAGGGUAUGAUGGGCCCUGGACCAGGCCCAGGCCCAAGACCAGGGAUGUUUAAAGGUCCUAACCCUCAGUUCCAAGGUCCAGGACCUGAAGGGGGACAAAGGCCAGGUCCACCAGGUGGUCUCCCACAACAGAUGUCUCAGGACCACGAUGAACGCAGAGGUGACCAGAGAAUGGGUCCAGGAGGCCAAGGUCAAAUGGACCCAAGAGGUCAUGGCCAGAUGGGACUGGGAGGUCAAGGCCAGAUGGGACCAGGAGGCCAAAGUCAGAUGGGACCUGGAGGUCAAGGUCAGAUGGGUCCAGGUGGCAGAGGUCUAAUCGGCCCUGGAGGACCGAUGGAUCGUGGAGGCCUAAGUCAGAUGGGUCCAGGGGGACCAAGAGGCCCGCCCCAUCAUUCAGGAGGCCCUCCUCCAAUGCACCAACAACCUGGCCCUGGUGGGCCUGGACAGAUGAGAGGUCCAAACAUGGCCCCUGGACAGAGGGGCUCGGAGGAUGAAGACCUGCGGAGACGGGAUCAAGAUUUCCGUCAACCUCCAAACCAAGAUCGCUGGCAGCAAAACCCGCAGGACACAUUUGGAGGUGGGAAUCAUUUCAGCACUGUACCUCAGGACAAGGACUUUCGCAGUAGGCCUGAGAGCGAUUUUCACCGUGGUGAUGAGGACAUGAGGUUUGGGGGUCAGGCAGGCCGGCAAAGCAGUGGAAGGGGAGGGAGGGAUGGGUGGAAUGAGGAGUACAGAGACUUUGAUGAGCGCAGGGGUAGGGGUCAGGGUGGAGAUGUGCCAGGAAGGGGAGGAGGAGGGAUGGGAGCAAGGCAGGACACAGAUUAUCGCUUUUCUCAACAGACAGCUGGUUUUGAUCCCUCUGCAGAGAACUGGGAUGGUGACCAAGGUCGUGGCCUACCCAAAAACAUGCGAGGCUUCCAUCAGGAGGGGGGAUUUGAUGCCUUCAGCUCAGGUGACCGUGAUGAGCGUAGUAACCGGGAACAGUCGCCCCAUCAGCGUGGCCCCUCACAGUACAGCCAACCAGAUGGCAUGAGAAAGAGGACGUAUGAGGAGGGUCCAGGCAGGGGCCGCGGAAAUUCCACAUCAAACCUGUCAAGGGGUGGAUCCGGGUCAUACCGAGGGCAUCACGGGUCUGGCCAGCACUCAGAUCACAUUGACAGCCACGGCCCAAAGUAUGGCCGACACGACUCACCCACAGAGUUUGGAGAUCAGUAUUCAGGCCACAGCCAGCGGCCCAGCUAUGGUCAGUCCAGGGGGAGAGGACGUGGCUCCAGGGGACGGGGAGAUUACAGAAGUCCUCGAUACAGAGGUGGCUCAGGAAGGGGUGCUCAAAGAGGCCAGUAAAAGACCUGCUUCAUGGUAUCAAAAUUUACAAAACAUGCCAGCGUUGUUCUUGGCUAAAGUACGGUGGUUAGACAAUGGUUGUAAAUGAGACAGAAUCACAGUGUGGCCAAUCUGAGUUUCUCAGAACAACAUACAAAAUGUUGUUAUAUGCUCAGAUGAAAACAGAAAUUCGAUGCAAGCUGUUAUGACAUAUUGUGUAAGUCUUGAUUCUGUAAUGAAGACUAAGGAUAUUUAGAGAAACAACUGAUAACAACUGUGAAGCCAAUUCACCGAAGUGACCGAAGAAAGAAUACAGGAAAUUGUGCUGAAAGACGUGUCCAAACUUGCUGACGGAAAGUGCUAAGGAUCAUGUGACCACCCCAAACACUUCUGACAUCACUUCCAACACCUUUUGGAAUGUUUCACAUCAAAGAAUGAAUAUAGGUGUGGCCAUUUCACAGCAUAUUAGUAUCCAUCAUACAUGCAGAGUUCUGGAGUCCAUAUAUGGCUGAGGUUAAUUCUCCAGUGCUGGGAUUAUUGGAAAAAACUGUGAACAAGAACUUGUUUGAUGAAUGAAAUCUGCAUUGUAAACCUGAACAUAAACUCUUGUUAAAAUGUUGUGUAUUUAACAUUAAAAAUAUCAAUAAAAGUGGUUUAUUGUUCGGUUAUAAAAGGAAGGUCCAGAUGGAAAAAAAAAAACAAAACAACUGAAAAUGAAUAACUUUAUAACGACAUUGUAAGCCUUGAAACAUGGAGAUAGUGUAAGGAAUGUAAUUACAAGUACCUGAGGAUAUAAUCAGCUAUUGAAAGCAUCGUAAUUUGUGUAUUUGUAAUAACUAUUAGUGUGUAAAUAAAAAGUCACCCAAGCAAUUUGGUCCUGGAAGCUUUAGGGUGGCUUAAUGAAGACAGGCAUGUAGACUGUUUACCGAGUCAAGACUUGGGGACAGUUCACCAGUUUCCUUCCUCUGAUGCACACCCAUUGUGUGUACAGCUGUACAUGUGUUAGUAAUUCUGCUUGCUUUCAAUCUCAAUUGUAUUAAUUUUCCUUUUCUAGUGAUGCAUAUGUUAACAUGGUUUCUAUUUCAAAAUCUACAAAUUUGAACCUGUGUAUAGUUUAUGUUUCCUUGUCCCAUGGCAAUCUUAUUUGCGUUUAAUUUGUGUUUAUUGUGUGAAGUGUGUUAAGUUCUGUUGCAUUUUUUAAGUAGUUCAAAUGUGUUCAGCGAUGGGCAAAAUAGGUCAGUUAACCUCUGUCUUAGUAGACAUUUUGAAUUUUAUUUGCCUUUUGUUCUCUGUUCAAAUGCCAGUUCAAAGAUUUUUAUUCCUGCUCCAUGGCAUGCUCAGGAAUCCUAAAAUGAAUUCUACAUGUCAAUGGUGCUGAAGCAAGUUGUUCAAUAAGUUAUUGGCUAAUACUGGUCACAAAGCAUGUUGGCCAAGGCUUGAGUUCUAGUAUGAAGUAUUAACUAGUCUAGGUGUAAUCUGACAAGUACAAAGCUGGUUUGACAGUCAAAUGUAGCUGUUGUCAGCAUGAGGACAUCUGGGAUCAAGGGGCCAUAAUCCCUCCGAAUACAGUCUGUGGUGUUGAUGAGCAACUGCCAUGUACAAUGUAGUUCCAUGAGAGUUGUUAUUUAUAGAAGGGGGUCUCCCACCCAGUAUUAGUUUUUACAGAAGUGGUCUUUGUCUUACUGUUUUUUGUUUUACUAGGCCUGUCAAAUGUAACACUCGCAAUCUGAUGUAAAUGACAACAGUAUUGGUUUAUAAAUAUGGGCCCACAAUUCGUGGAUUAGGUUAGAUUAGUUAGUUCUAACAACAUGUUCUAAGAACUGAACCUAAACAUCAAACUCUACAGACCGUCCCAAGAUACAUGUCCCAGAAAUACUUCAUUAAAUACAGAAUAUCAUAAAAAUCAUCAAAAUACGCAAUUUCUUCAAAUCAGGGAUGUUGUCAACAAUAUGUACAUUUUUAUCCCAAUACUCUUGACUAUAUUUAAUCAUUGCUGUUAACGGAGCAUAGAAAACUGGCCAGCUAACUCCAGCAAAGCUUGCAUGUGUUGUGUUUGGUAACAGUUUCAUUCUUGUUAUCCCCUCUUGCUGAUCUUACACCUUUUCCAUGUGUCUGGUUAACUCUCCCAACUUUACACAUGGUCAAAACAUAAAAUCCAACAAGGGGAAUAUUGAUAAAUAAUUCCGUAGAUCCAACACAGCAAUUACCUUAACAAGGAAGGUUAUAAGAGUUGUGUUCAGGGCAUUUUAUUCUGAUAUAUUGGUGGAAUUAAUCUCAAACUUGGUACAAACAUUGGCAAACAUCAGUGGAGAAGGCUAUUGCAAAAUUAGCGAUUUGUUGCAUAUUAAUUAACUGAACAUGGUCAUUCAGUCCAAUCACAUUUUGAUUCUUUUUACCCUUAUAUGCUGACUUUUGUCUUCAUUAGACUAAUGUUAUGUGAAUUGCAGGGAGUAAGGCUUUUUUCUCUCCCCUCUAAUUUUGUAGUCUGCUAUUAACAGUGAUAGACAACCAACCAGCAAAAAUGUUUGUAUCAUUCACCCAUGUCAUGUUUGUGUGUUAAAGGGACACAGACUCAGCACAUAUUGGCUGACAGUAGAGAUAGGCAGCCUUUGUCAAGCUAGUAUAAAUCUGCCAUACCUGAAAUUUAGCCUAGGCUAGGCAGAGCUUGGACAUGCUUAUCAACCACACCAGCCAA